AUGGUCCAAGAAGAGCUACAAAUAACCAAUGAGGCGAUGAAGGCCAUUGUAAAGCACACACAAGUUCUAGAUGACUUUUCAGAAGCUCGCAAAGUCUUGCCUAAUGAUCCAGAACUGGAAACACUGACAGAAACACUUCAGCUUUCUCAGGAUGCACUGAUUUCUAAUCCAGAUGAUCUUCCAUCACAAGUUCUGGGAAGAACAUACAAUCCUACGGGUUUAGAACAAUUCCAUGAAGACAGCAAAAAUUCACCGUCAAAUUACCUCAUUCCAAACCAAAAGAUAUUGACUCCACCUGGUGGGAAAGUUGUACAUUAUCUUGCUGGACACAAAGGCGAUGUUACGAGUAUUGCUCUGUCUCCAGAUGGACAAAUAGCUGUAACAUGUGCUGGAGACAAAUCGAUCAAAUUCUGGAAUGUAACUGACGGAAAGUUUGUAUGGUCAACUGAUGGAGUAGGAGAUGACCCUGGAACUCUCCACUUCUGCUGUAGUGAAAGGCACCUGGUGUGCUUGGAUUCAGACCAGUUUUGGGCGUUUGUUGUGGAUCUUGAAACAAAAUCAUUCGUUCAUAAGGUGCAACCAUUUCUACCUUUCAAGACGGAGGAUGGUGAUGAUAACCAGCACACUAUUGAAGCCAUGGCAAUGACAUCUGAUGGACAGGAGUUAAUUAUAGCAAACUGCUAUGACAACAAUCUCAAUGUGUAUGACAUUAAAACCAUGAAGAAGAAACAUGAAUGGAAAGGCUAUGAAAAAGAUUUUUCUGAAAAAUUUCGACUCACCUCCAAAUGUAAAGAGCUGUAUUUCCCAAGCAGACGUGGGGUUGUUGUGUGGAAUCUGAAAGAUGGAUCACGAUCUGUUAUUCUUCAACAUACAGUUAAUGUAGUAGACGUUGUCACAGCCGACCUGCAUAUUGUCGUCACUGUUGGUGAUGAUAGAGUGGUGCGAAUCUGGGACACCAGUUGUGAACAGAUAGAAGAUAGUCACAAAGGGCAGACUGAUGGACCUGAGGAAAACACAAAAGAUACUGAGCUCAUACUGGAGAAAAAUGAGAGUUGUCAAGAAAAAUCUUGUGGGACUACUAGUGAACUUAUUAUUCAGGGAAAGGUGGAUCUCGAGUGUCCAUCUACCACCAAGAUUGUCAGAAUAUUUACAAGCAGUACUUUUACAGACUCAUUUCACGAAAGAAAUGCCCUGAUGGAGAAAGUGUACCCCAACCUGAAGAAAGUUUGUCAGGAGGAAGGGUACGAGUUUCAGGUGGUGGACAUGCGCUGGGGAGUCAGAGACGAGGCCACUGACGACCACAUGACCACGGAGCUCUGUCUUAGAGAAGUGGAACUCUGUAAAAAGCUCUCUACAGGACCGUGCUUUGUGACGUUUCUAUCCCACAAGUAUGGCUACAGAUCCUUCCCUCGCUUAAUCCCAGAAGACGAGUUUAAACAGUUGUCUGAUGAAAUACAGUCAGCAGAAACUAAAGAAGUUAUUCAAAAAUGGUUUAUGCGAGAUGACAAUUCUGUACCACCCACAUACGUAUUACAGCCAAUCAGCAGCUUGCUGCCAGAUUUUAAAUCUUCAAACAUGGACCUUCAAUCCCUGGCAAAGAAGGCUUGGGAUGAUGACAGGACCAUCAUGCAGGAUGCUAUUGUUUCGGCAGCCAUUCAGUGUCUGGAUAAGGUCAGGGCUCACGAAUACGAAAUGUCUGAGUGUUUGGGACCAGAAAAAAAAGACAAAGAGUCAAGACAGUUACUUAGUGAACUUAAAAACGCAUUACCGGAAAGAAUUCCAAAGAAUCACUUGAUCCUUUACAAAAUCAAAUGGUCAAAAAAUGGGGUCGACCCUGAAAAGAGGUGUCAACACAAAAAAUAUAUUCACAAGUUAUGUGUGGAUUUCGAAUCCAGUCUGUUGAAAAUGAUCAAAGAUGGAAUCAAAACCAGACUGCAGACAGAUCAGGCGGACCCACUGUUUGAAGAGAUUGUUCAGCAAACACUGUUCUGUCAGGAGAAAUGCAAAGCAUUCCAAGGGCGUCUCGACUCGCUGGAGAAAAUAUCCCAUUAUUUAGUUGACGAAGGCAGGAAUCCAUUUGUCGUUUACGGUGAGUCGGGAUGUGGGAAAACAUCAAUUAUGGCUAUGGCAGCUAAGCGCUGCUGGGAUGAAUUUGGUGGAAACGUUGUCGUUAUAAUAAGGUUUAUUGGGACAACACCAGACAGUUCAACAAUCGGAGCUUUGCUUACUAGCAUCACACUACAGAUCAUGAAAGUGUAUGGUCAAUACGCAGACGAUAUGCCAGAGAAUAUUAGACAACUGACAGACGCCUUCCACAACUCACUGAAGCAAGCAUCAAAGUUUAGACCACUGGUCAUCCUGCUGGAUUCUCUAGAUCAGUUUGAUCCUUCUGGGGGAGCUUGCCAACUCGGAUGGCUGCCACAGAGUCUUCCGCCACAUGUGAAAAUUAUUGUGUCAACUUUACCUGAAGAUCAGUAUGAAAGUUUACCAAUACUCAAGGCUUUAAAUAUACCAGACGAAUAUUUUCUGGACAUUCCAAAGCUGCCUGACAACGAAGUCAGUGGUAUUCUUGACAAGUGGUUGGAAACAAAUGGAAGAAAGCUGACUGAUUUUCAAAGACGGAAGGUGAUGACUGCCUUUCAGAAAUGUUCUUUGCCUCUCUUUCUGAAGCUAUCAUUUGACCAGGCUUGCAGGUGGACAUCUUACGCACCCCCAGAUCAGACUAUAUUACAAACCACCGUGAGAGGCAGCAUCGAUGCUUUGUUAGCUCGAAUUGAACAACUUCAUGGGAAGCUGUUUGUAUCCCAUGCUCUUGCUUAUCUCACUCUAAGUAAAAGUGGUUUGACGGAGAGUGAACUGGAAGACAUCUUGUCGUGUGAUGACGAGGUACUGGACGACGUUUAUACCUACUGGACACCACCGAUGCGACGACUACCGCCAUAUUUAUUGGUGAGGCUCAAGGCAGAGCUAGGCCAAUAUUUAGUGGACCGGGGUGCGGAUGGAGUUCGGGUGUUCUACUGGUACCACAGACAGUUUAUUGAGGCUGCUAGAGAUCGCUACUGUUUUGACAAAUCAGAAACAAGAAAGAGACACAUGGACAUGGCCGAAUUUUUCUCUGGUACCUGGUCUGCUGAUUACAAUAAUUCCAAGAUGGCCGCCAUUAAUAUGGAUACAUUUUAUGUAAAAGUUCAUUUUAAUUUUUGCACUACAAUGAUGAUAUACUGGGGAUAUUUUUCGACCAUUACUAAUAUAGUAACUACAUUUAUUAUGGUUUUAUAUUUAAUGUUUCUAAAAUUUAACAUAUCCAAUGUCACAGGAAAACUUAAGGCUUACAAAGACAACAAAGGAAAUGAAAGUGAAGCUGACCGGCAGGUGACAUUACAACCACUCAAAUUUGGCAGUACUUACAACUUGAGGAAACUAACCAAUCUACCAUACCACCGACUUCAAGCAAGACAGACAGAAGAACUUAAAACAGAAUGUCUUUUAAGCUUUGAUUUCAUUUUCGCCAAACUUCAUGCGAUAGGCUUAAGACAAGUUCUAGAUGACUUUUCAGAAGCUUGUAAAGUAUACCCUAAUGAUCCAGAACUGAAAACACUGACAGAAACACUCCAGCUUUCUCACAAUGCACUGAUUUCGUAUCCAGAUGAACUUCCAUCACAAGUUCUCGGGAGAAUAUACAAUACUAAGGGUUUAGAACAAUUUCUCGAAGACUGCAAAAAUUCACCAUCAUAUUACCUCCUUCCAAACCAAAAGAUAUUGACUCCAUCUGGUGGGAGACUUGUACAUUGUCUUGCUGAACACGAAGGCGGUGUUAAAUGUAUUGCUCUGUCUCCAGAUGGACAGAUUGCUGUAACAUGUAGUGAAAGGCAUCUGGUGUGCUUGGAUUCAGACCAGUUUUGGGCGUUUGUUGUGGAUCUUGCAACAAAAUCAUUUAUUCAUAAAGUGCAACCAUUUCCACCUUUCACGACGGAGGAUGGUGAUGAAGACCAGUACACAAUUGAUGCCAUGGUAUUGACACCUGAUGGAAAGGAGUUAAUUAUAGCAAACAGCUCUGACAACAAUCUCAAUGUGUAUGACAUUAAAACCAUGAAGAAGAAACAUGAAUGGAAAGGCUGUGAACAGGAUUGUUCUAACAAAUUUCGAAUCACCUCCACCUGUAACGAGCUGUAUUUCCCAAGCAGACGAGAGGUUGUUGUGUGGAAUCUGAAAGAUGGAUCACGAUCUGUUAUUCUUCAACAUACAGUUAAUGUAGUAGACGUUGUCACAACCGACCUGCAUAUUGUCGUCACUGUUGGUGAUGACAGAAUGUUGCGAAUCUGGGACACCAGUCGUGAAGAGAUAGAAGAUAGUCACAAAGGGCAGACUGAUGGAUCUGAAGAAAACACAAAAGAAGAUAUUCAGCUAAAGUAAGACACUGCUAGAUAGGGUCUCCACGAGUACUCGAGUACUCGGGCACGGGUCGAGUCUAGCAAAGACUCGAGUCCAUUCACAGGACUCGAGUACCCGUACAAGUGAGACAAUGUAGAGCAACUAGUUCAGCAGUAACUAAUCAAUGAUACAAGUUACACGAUAAUUAUAUGACUAUUUGCUAGUUUCUUUUUUAAUCUGGCCGUCCGUUCGUCCGUCACAAUACUGAACGUAUCAACGGGUUUCUAAAUGCAAUACAAUGGCAUGAUUUGGCAUUCAUGUUCAGUGCUGGAAUUAAGCUAUAUAAUUCUAUUUUACGUUAUAUUCCUUUGUCUCCGUAUCAUCUUGUGUAAGCGUCGGGUACUCGGGUCCGGGUCGAGUUUGA